UGCUCAAACCCAAAAGAAUAAGAACAAAGAAUCAGGGGCAAAAGUGGAAAUUGAGUCCUGGUGCUCAACCCACAAAACCCUAAUAAAAUUGCAUUCGGAUGUUGUGUGGUUAGGGUUAGGCAUUGACCCAUUGUUACUUUAGAAGUUGGGAGUGGGGAGCAGGGAGCAGCCCGUUGGAGCACAUCCCACAAGCCGCACCGCCGCAGCUGUGCGACUCGCAGAAGCAGAGGCUCAUCCCAUUUGCAGCUGUCAUUGUCUCAGCUCCACCACCUCUGCCCAACAUGAAGUUCAACAUCGCUAAUCCUACCACAGGAUGCCAGAAAAAGCUGGAGAUAGAUGAUGAUCAGAAACUCCGAGCUUUUUUUGACAAGAGGAUCUCACAGGAAGUCAGUGGAGAUGCCCUUGGAGAGGAAUUUAAGGGGUAUGUUUUCAAAAUCAUGGGAGGCUGUGACAAGCAAGGAUUCCCAAUGAAGCAGGGAGUGUUAACACCUGGACGUGUUCGUCUCUUGCUCCACAGAGGAACCCCUUGUUUCCGGGGACAUGGUAGGCGCAAUGGAGAAAGGAGGAGAAAGUCUGUACGAGGGUGCAUUGUCAGUCCAGAUCUCUCUGUUCUGAACUUGGUUAUUGUGAAGAAGGGUGAGAAUGAUCUCCCUGGGUUGACAGACACAGAGAAACCUAGAAUGAGAGGUCCAAAGAGGGCAUCUAAGAUUCGUAAACUCUUUAACCUGUCCAAGGAGGAUGAUGUCCGAAAGUAUGUCAACACAUACCGCCGGUCAUUCACAACCAAAUCUGGGAAGAAGUGCAGUAAAGCUCCCAAAAUACAGAGGUUGGUUACUCCAUUGACUUUGCAAAGGAAGCGGGCAAGGAUUGCAGAGAAGAAGAAGAGAAUCGCAAAGGCAAAGUCUGAAGCAGCGGAUUAUCAGAAACUCCUUGCUAGCAGAUUGAAGGAGCAGAGGGAACGCCGCAGCGAAAGCUUGGCUAAGAGAAGAUCCAAGCUCUCUGCAGCCUCUAAGCCAUCUGUUGCGGCCUAAGCUUAUGCUGACUAGAAAUUGAAAUCUCAUGAAAGACAAUAUCACUGAGUAUUUUAUUUUUGGUGUAUGGUUUUCUUUUGUUUUGUCAUUUUCAUGAUCCUCUUUAGGAAUGCACCUUUUAUUCUACCGCUUGGUGGGGAUUUUAUCAUUUUGCGUGUUGACAAUUGGCUUACCAAUGUUCGGAGAGUUUUUCAUUA